CUUCAAUUCUGUCUGCACAAAGACAUCCAAAACCGCGGACUCUAGACCCGACUGGCACGAUAUAUAGAUCUUGACGAUUUGGUGUUGGGUUCUUCGUCUCGACGAAGAGUCAACGCUCCCAGAUCAUCUUUCCCCGCAUUGUUCAUACUUUCUCAGAUCUCCGUCUCACUUCCUUUGUCUCCUCCAAACAACUAUUUUCAGAUGAUUUUCUUUGACAUAUAAGCUGAUGAAUUUGAGCAACAUGGAAACAGCUUCUAUGGCAACGGAAGAGAUAAGGAAAGAGAUUGUUAUUGGCACUGGGAAUUUAGAAUUGGCCUAUGACCAGUGGGUUGCCCUCCCUGUUUCUGGUACACAACCAUCCGCUCGAUACAAGCAUGCUGCAGCAGUUGUUGAUGAGAAGCUAUAUGUCAUUGGCGGAAGUCGUAAUGGUCGGUACCUGUCUGACGUUCAGGUUUUUGAUCUUCGAAGUCUGGCAUGGUCUAGUCUAAACCUGAAGAGUGAAAAUGCUGAUAAGUUGGGGGAUAGUAGUCCACAGGAAGCUCUUCCAGCCAUCUCCGAUCAUAGCGCGGUUAAGUGGGGAAACAAACUCCUCCUCCUCGGUGGGCAUUCCAGGAAACCUUCUGAUAGCAUGAUAGUGCGGUUCAUUGACCUAGAAACACACAUCUGUGGUGUGGUGGAGACCUCAGGGAAAGUUCCGGCAGCUCGUGGGGGACAUUCUGUGACGUUGUUCGGUAGUAGAUUGAUAGUGUUUGGUGGAGAAGAUAGGAGCAGGAGAUUGAUGAAUGAUGUCCAUGUCCUGGAUUUGGAGACAAUGACUUGGGAUGUGGUAGAGCCAAGGCAGACACCUCCAGCUCCGAGAUUUGACCAUACAGCUGCAGUACAUUCAGAGCGGUACCUUCUGAUAUUUGGAGGUUGUUCUCAUUCGGUCUUCUUCAAUGAUCUUCAUGUCCUGGACUUGCAGUCGAUGGAAUGGUCUCAACCAGAAAUUCCGAUUGACUUGGUGGCUCCUAGGGCGGGUCAUGCCGGUAUUACCAUUGAUGAGAAUUGGUAUAUUGUUGGUGGUGGAGAUAACAGGAAUGGUUGCCCAGAAACCCUGGUAUUGAAUACAACUAAGCUUGUUUGGUCAAUGUUGACGAAAGGAAAAGAAAGGGAUCCACUUGCCAGUGAGGGACUCAGUGUUUCCUCAGCAUUGAUUGAUGGGGAGAGGCAUUUGGUUGCUUUUGGUGGUUACAAUGGGAAAUAUAACUCUGAGGUCUUUGUCAUGAGACUCAAACAUAGAGACUCUUCACGUCCGAAGAUCUUUCAGUCACCAGCAGCUGCAGCAGCGGCAGCAUCUGUUACUGCUGCAUACGCACUGGCAAAAUCUGAAAAGUUGGAUUUCUCACAUUUCAAUUUGAGCUCCAAGGGAGUUGAAAAUGGGCUUGUAAAACAAGAUGUAACAAUUGAAAUUGAUGCACUGAAAGAAGAAAAGAAGACAUUGGAAAUGUCACUCGGAGAAGUCAGAGCAGAAAAUUCUAGGCUUUGUGAGAAGAUUGAUGAAGUAAAUGGUACACACGCUGAAUUGUCCAAAGAACUACGCUCUGUCCAAGGUCAACUGGUAGCUGAGAGAUCGAGAUGCUUCAAACUGGAGGCACAAAUUGCAGAACUGCAGAAGAUGCUGGAGUCCAUGCAGUCCAUAGAAAAUGAAGUGCAAUUGCUUAGGAGACAGAAGUCUGCAUUUGAAAAAGAACUGGAGCUUGGUAAAGCCAGCCAGAAGCAAGGUUCUGGUGGUGUCUGGAGUUGGAUAGCUGGGUGAACGGGCCACCGUAUCAGUUCCAACGGUCUGUACCUCAAAUUUGAAGAUAUGAAGUUUUUGGCAUUGGUAGCUUCCUGUCCAAAAACGUUACUUGUUUGAUCUCGAGCUGAAGCAGACAUCAGAGUGAUACUUACUUCAAGAUCCCCUGCUCUGAUGAGUGUGUCUGGCCACUGCGCCCAGGAAAAUAUUUCAAAAACACUUGUUAAUUCUUGGCCAUUAUAAGAACUUCCUUAGGACAUGUUCUAAUCAAACUAGAUAAAAGAUGCAGGCUAUUCUGUCAAAUUAUAGUUUUCCUUGGUCUAAUAGGAUAUUUUAUUUCAGUACUUUCUUGUGGCAUUGAGUAAUAAAAAUCUUUGUUUUACAAA